AUGGCUCAUGGUGCCCCUGCCCCAGCGGCUGUGAACCGCUCUGAGACACGGGGGUGCAGGGUCCCAAACGCAGGGCCCCAGAGACAGGGCCCCAGAGACAGGGCCCCAGAGACAGGGUCCCAGAGACAGGGCCCCAGAGACAGGGUCCCAGAGACAGGGCCCCAGAGACAGGGCCCCAGAGACAGGGUCCCAGAGACAGGGCCCCAGAGACAGGGCCCCAGAGACAGGGCCCCAGAGACAAGGUCCCAGAGACAGGGCCCCAGAGACAGGGUCCCAAACGCAGGGCCCCAGAGACAGGGUCCCAGAGACAGGGUCCCAGAGACAGGGCCCCAGAGACAGGGUCCCAGAGACAGGGCCCCAGAGACAGGGCCCCAGAGACAGGGUCCCAAACGCAGGGCCCCAGAGACAGGGCCCCAGAGACAGGGUCCCAGAGACAGGGCCCCAGAGACAGGGUCCCAGAGACAGGGUCCCAGAGACAGGGUCCCAGAGACAGGCAAAAUACCAGGUACUGGAAAGGCCCCCUGA